CUUUCUUGAAAUGGAGAUUUGAAAAGAAUGAAAAAUAUAUUCUUUACUGCUAUUAACUACAGACGGUAAAAAAUUAUAUUGAUGUUAAAAAUAACAUGGAUUUGAAAGGAGAUAGCAUUAAAGAACUCGGAGUUAAUAUCCACAAUGACUUUACAGACAGUAAGCCGAAAAUUAAAGCAAAACGCUUUAAUCGCAAGCUUAAACUUUUUAGGUAAGGCUCAAAUCGUGAAUUCGUUAUUUAUCACUCAAAAUGGCCACAAAAUAAAAUGAUUAAAAUCAGCAGUCCACACAACACACACUUCACACUUCACACAGUGUCACUGUCACAUGUUGAAGUUGUUGAAGGCUUAAAUCUCUUGACACAUGGCCAUGCCUGGAAAAAAUGGUGAUUAAAUACUACUACAGAUAAUUAAUUAUACUGAUUGACUCUAUGAAGGCAGAGAACCAUGACAGUGGAUCGAUCUGAAUGGAAGGAUGUAAUAAUGUAAUGUAAUAUAGAAUGUAGUGGAGCAGGCCAGAGCCCUCUAUGGGCUGUAGCAGCACAGAUGAUGACAUUGAUAAUGAUUGACUCCUACAGAUAAUUGAUACUGAAGUGGCUAAAUCCGAGGACGGCUGCCACAGCGUCUUUUGUGUAUUUAUUAUAGUUGCACUGAAUUAGGGUUUAGGUUAGGUAAAGGGAUCGAUUUAGGGUUCAGGUUAGGCAUAGGGAUCGAUUUAGGGAUACAUUCGUGAAAAUCGAUAAAAAUUGUGGCAGGCGUCCCCAUUGUUUACCUUAAUUUUGACCAUGUCAUGAAAUUUAUGUAUGGGCUGAAAUAAUUUUAUUAAAUUUUAGUGUUUUGUUGUUAUUUUCAUUUCUCUCUGUAAAUGGCUAAACCAGCACAUUCUCUUCCUUUCCCCUCCUCAUUUUACCAGACAUGCGUUUAAUACACGGCCACCAGCUUGAUUGCCAUACCUAUCACGGCAGCCAUGAUGGCGGUCUUUAGAAACAUCAUGGUGCAGAUUGUGUAAAUUUACAGAUUUUAGUUUGGAAUAGAGGGGACUAAAUUUAGGUUUGAAUAUUCUACUUGCGUUAGGAGAGAUUUAAAUUAGGUUUGAAGAUUACACUUGAGUUAGGGACAUUAGGGGGACCAAAAUAUGGGUUUGAAGAUUACAGAGAUACUGACUUUUGUACUUGGGAAUUUUAGCAUUCAGGUUAGUCAGAGUGAUAAUAUUUCCCUCAUUUUUCUUUAUGUCGAUAAUUCUCCAAAAGGCACUCCCUCCUUUUCUCCUCCCCAUUUUUGCCCUGUCUUUUGUUAAACAUUUUUGCCAUGAAAAAAAAGUGGUGCAAAAACAUAUGAAAAGAGGGGACCCAUCAUCCAUCCAUCCCUGUGGCGCUACAGCCCAUGUAGGGCUUUGGCCUGCCUCACCACUUCCUUCCACUCGGACCUAACUAAUGCCUUUCUUUUCCAUGCUUGGACUUUCAGCUGCUGUAGAUCUUUUUCUACAUCAUCUAUCCACCUAAGCCUAGGUCUCUGCCUUUGAGCCUUUUUCCUCUGGGGAAUUGGUGAUGUACCCUCUUCGUUCCUCUGUCAUUUGGCAUUCUCUCUAGGUGUCUAGGUGUCCUGCCCAGCGUAGCCUGCCUAUUUUUAUUUCUGCCACUAUCGUGGGAUCCUGAUAUAGACUGUAUAAUUCCUGGUUGGUUCGUAUUCUCCAUCCAUAUUCAUCCUUUGUUGGCCCAUAUAUUUUCCUGAGAACUUUCCUUUCCCAUGUGUUUAACAGGCUUUCUGCUGUUUUUGUUAGGGUCCAAGUUUCACUUGCAUAUGUUACAACUGGUCUGAUCACAGUUUUAUAAAUAGUUUUCUUUGUUUCUCUUGUAAUGUUUUUACUUUUGAGUAUUUUCUAACUACUGAAGUAUGCCCUGUUUCCGGCUGAUAUUCUUUCUUUUGUUUCUGUUAGUAAUUCGUUUCUUUCAUUUAACAAGGAUCCUAGGUACGGUAUUUGAAUUGAUUUACUUUUUCAAAAGUUUGGUUUCUAAUUAUAAUUGUUUAAUCUGUUUGUUCCUCUCUUAUCAUGGUCAUGUAUUUUGUUUUUUGGUUGUUAACUUCCAGCCCUGCUUGUAGAGAUGAGUCUUCUAAUUCAAUAUGUCUUUUAUACUUUUCCCUAGUAUUUCUUCAGUGUAAGGUUUUAGUCUUUUGGCAAUAAGCUUCGUCAGUAUUUUGUAUGUAACAUUUAAUAGGGAGAUUCCUCUGUAGUUUGUGCACUGAAGUUUUAAAGCCUUUCUUGUGUAUUGGGGUUAUUAAUGCUGUUUCGCAUUCUGUUGGGAUUUUCUCCUCUUGCCAAAUUUUAGUUAUAAGUUUAUGUAUCUGAUUGUGUAGUUCUUUUCCUCCAUAUUUAAUCAGUUCUGCUAUGAUAAGGUCUUGUCCGGGGGCUUUGUGAUUUUUCAUAUAAUUAAUUACCUCUUUGGUUUCUUCUAGGGUUGGGCAUUGUAUAAACGGGUCUGGUCCUCCCUGAGGGAGUUGAUAAUCUUCUUCUUGUCUAUUGUCUGCAUUCAGUAUGUCCUCAAAAUAUUCAGCCCACCUCUCCAAUACUUUUCUAUUUUCCGUGAUUAAUUCUCCAUUGUGGCUCUCACACAUUUGCGGUCUGGCUUGUCAUCCAUUCUUUUCAUCUUUUAUCUUCAUGUACAUUCCUCUUAUAUUUCCCUCUCUUGAUAAAUCUUCUAUUUCCUUUAGUUUAUCCUUUUCCCAUUCCCUCUUUUUCUUCCUACACAUUUUUUUUUGCUUUCCUUCUGGCUUCCUUGUAUGUUUGUGUUGUCUUUCUGGUUUCCCUUUGUAACAUGAUCAUUCGUGCUUUGUUUCUUUCUUCCAGUCUCUCUGCAUUCAUUUUCAUACCAGCCUACUCUAUUGUUGGCUUGCUGAAAUCCCACUACUUUUUCUGCUGAUCUUUUAAUGGCAUCUGUAUCCUAUCCCACUGAUCAUUUAUGUUGUUUUCCCCGUUUAUUUCCUCGUGCGAUGCUUAUAAUUGUGCUUCUACUUCAUUCUGGUAAGCUUUUGCAGUUAAUGGGUCUUUGGGCAUCUUUUGCUAAUCGUAUCGUUUCUUUCUUUGAUUAUGACCAUUGUGAACUAAGCUUAUCCUCUGCCUAUAUUUCACCCUUACAAGUAGAUGGUCCGAGUCUGCAUCUGCUCCUCUGAGGCUUCUCACAUCUAAUAUAUCUGAUCCAUGUCUUUGAUCUAUUAAAACAUGAUCGAUUUGAUUGCGGGUGAUUCUAUCUGGUGAGUUCCACGUAGCUUUAUUUAUAUUUUUGUGCAGAAACUUGGUGCUGCUAACUGGCAUCCCUUUUCCUACCGCGAAGUCUAUGAGUCGGAUCCCAUUGUCAUUGGAUUCUUCGUGCAGACUUUCCUUGCCAAUAGCUGGCAUGAACACCUUUUCUCUUCCUAUUUAGGCAUUGAAGUCUCCAAUCACUAUUUUAAUAUCAUGUCGUGUUGCCUCUUCGUAGAUCUUUUCCAGUGUCUCAUAAAAGGAUUCUUUAUCCUGAUCUUCCGUGUCUUCCGUUGGAGCAUGUACAUUUAUUAAUGUUAUAUUGAACAUUUUUCCUCUCAUACGCAAAGAACACAAUCUUUCGUUUUCUGGUUUGAAGCCUAUGACUGCACUGAGUGCUUCUUUUUUCACGGCAAAUCCUGUUCCUAGUGUGUUGGUGUUGCUACCAUAAUAAAAUAUGGUGUAUUCUUUUGUCUUGAGGAUGUCUGAAUUUUUCCAUCGAAUUUCUUGCAAUGCAGCAAUAGAUAUUUUAUAUAAAGCCAGCUGAUUUACAACGUUGGCUAAGGCUCCUGCUCUAAACAGGCUUAGUACAUUCCAAGUCGCAAUCCAAAAGUCAUGUCCAUAUCCAUGCAUAGGUCGAUUUCCAUUGGUAUCAGUCCGGGUUUUGUUCUGUUGCUUGGCUUUCGUAACGUUGAUUUUUAACGUUGCCGGGUUGUUAACCCUGCGCACAACCGUCUGGGGGGUUGCCCCUUACAGCUCUCUGGAUAGCUGCCUUAGUUUUUGGGUAAGGUUCCCUAGCCUUUGUGGAUCCCUCCACUUCCUACAAGGCAGUAGGUUCUGAUUUUGGUCGGCCCAAGGUAUUUAAUUUCCCUGGUACCCUCCAUAUCUGGUGGGCUUUCCCCUAUCCGCCACCUGGGAAGGCACUCGAUGGAAGAUCAGUAUCUCUGCACGAGAAAAGAGGGGACCCGGAUAGCAUAAAUUUAUCUAGCUUUUUUGGUGUUGAUGAAGUUUGAAGUACAGCCAGUGCUCGACUUUCGACCACGAUCGGUUGCGAAAGACCGGUCAUAACAUGAUUUGGUCAUAAGUUGAGUACGCUAUGUGUACAGUAAUGUGAAGUGAUGUUAUACUACUUAUACAUCAGAAAUUGAUGACGCCGGCUAGCAGCAUAGUAUCUUCAUAGCAUCAUGCCUCCCUUUCCUUAGUUAACAACUGUGGAUCAUUGCAGACAAUGCUGUUCCACUGAUAAUUGAGGCAGAAAUAAAUCUGAAAUCUAAUAUGACUAGUGAUUGUGGUCGUAAAGUCGAAUGGUCGUAAGUUGCAUAUAGAUCAUAAGUCGAGCACCCUUUCUUUACAAAGUACAUGUCAUUUUUGAUUGAUUAUUACUUAUGAAGAGGUGUAAGUGUAACACAUGCUUUGUGUUUUUUAAUUAUUUUUUGUAUCUCCUUUCAGUUCAAUCUUUAAAAUUCUUUUCAAUUAUUAUUUCCUUUCAUCAGUUUCAUAAUAAAAAACAGUCUCUCAAAUUUUCCCACCGCAAUGUAUCUAAGAUUAUGCUUAAAACACAUCAGACUUUCCUUAUCAUCAGCCUUAGUAAAAAUAGCUACUAAUAAAAAGUAAUAUCAAUAUAAACAAAUUAUAACAUGCUUAUUUUAACAAUCUGAUUUAUGCCCUUGUAAAGAAAAAAUAUCAAAUCUGCCCCCCAAAAAUGAACUUCAAUUUUGUUUGGCUCAUCACUUGUUUCGAUGAUGCAGUGGUAGCAAGUCAGAAUCAGAAGUGCUUUAAACAUGAUUUUUUUACACUAGCAAACCAACACCUGAAACUUACUUUUUAAACUUUGUUAUCCUCAAUAUCAGAUUUUAAAAAAAACUCUGUUCAAUAUAUUCAAAGAACCAUUGUCGUUAUCUUUUUUGCCAUAGAUUUAUUGUUUAUUUUGUAGAGAAUUUACCUUGGCAACUUUGUCUGCUCUCACGGAAAUCAAGCAAACACAGUUGAGAUGUGAUACCGGUACAGAUAAUGUUAUUUCUCAAGUUUCUGCUCUGGAUGCUCUAGCAUGUACUGGUGAGGUGCUACUUCAUUAGUUAUUUUAACUACUGGUGUAUACACUUUUUUUGUUUGGGUCUUUUUUUGCCUAUGGGGCUAUCUAUAAAGGGUGUUGUGCUAGUCUGGUCAAUAUUUUAGGCCCCCCUCCUCGAUCAUCACAAAAUUUGAAUACAAAGUAGACACAUUGUCAUAAAUUUACGCCCCCACCCCCCCUCUUAGAUGCUUGACAUUGUUAACAGAUUAAUUAGAAAAAUUAACUCUUUCCCUCAUCAAAAAUGUUCUUUUACCCUACUUGUUUACUAAAUUAUUGAAGUUAGUUAUAUCUGUGAAUUUUAUUGUUACAAAAGCUAUGUAAGUCAUUCACAUUUUCUUACUACCGGUACCAGUACAUGCAUUUAUUUUUUUGAAAGCAGACUUUAAUUUAAUUGAAUUCAUUAACUAAACUUGCUUGUAUUAUUUCAGGUGUGGCUGGAAUCCAGUGGAAGAAACAUCUAUCCAGCAGGGUGCAUGUGACGCUUGCAGACCGUGAUGAUGUCACCAAAUUGACCAGCAAUUCUGAGGCUAAUGACUUCAGUUGUUCUGAAUUUCACUUAAACCCUCUACGGGUUCCUGGGGACCUCCACGAGUCACAAUCAGAGAAAGAGGUCCAUGUUUGUAAUGCCGAGGCUAAAGCAGUUAUGGUUAUGGAAGCUUUUAACUUCAUGUAGGUAACGGUAAAAUAUAGCCAAAGCAGCUUAACUUUAAUAUGCUUUUUCUUUUUUUUUAUGUCUAAAAAUGUAUGUGCAUCAUCAUAAUUACAUAGAUCUAAGUCUAUAUGUAGAUUUUGCCAUAUCCCAAAUCAGGUUAUUGUUUCAUUUGUACCAGCACCAUAUUCUGUAAUAUAGCUUUAAGCAAAGAUUUACAGGUGCAAAUUAUUUAAUUAAAAAUCAUUUAUAUUUAUUCUAUUUGGUACAAAAUUUAUGUAGUGACACUUCUUUCUAUGAGAUUGACAAUUUUGAUAACAACAUAUUUAAUAAUUUAUCAACAAAUUUUAGAAAGGCCUUCUAACUUAAUAACAAUACAUACACUUUUUAAUAAAAUCAUUAUGCACACAUCUAUUAAUAACAUCAUUAUAAAUUCAGCUUUUAACAUCAAUAGUACACAUACACCUUUGUACUGAAAUCUUUUUUUCUUCUUUUUUUUAAACAGCUAUUUAAAUCCACAGAAGAAUGCCACAACUUAUUUUGAGCCGGCAUUCAACAGUCUGACAUGUCGUGGACUACUUUGCUUUGUGUUUCCAGAUGUUUCUCUGUUUGCCAGGUCUGCUCAUGUUGUCCAGCGUUAUUAUGGAGUUGAUGUUGUUAAGACAGAGUAUCUGAAGGAAUUGACUGCCAGAAUCAUCAUUGGAAGCUUAGCAAGGUACUGCAUCAUCAAUGAUUGUUACAGUGGUUUAUCUUUUCAUUACUGAUACAAGCUCUAGCAAUGCUGUGAUUUUUACACUGGAAUAUCCAUAAAUGUCAUCUUUGUAAUUAUGACCUGAAUUUAAAAUUAACAUAAUUUAACUGACAUUACUCUUCUUAGCAUUAUACAAACUUGUACCAGGCAACCAUCAAUACAUCACUCAUAUAAAAAAAGUUAAUAUUUUCAUAUUGAUACUGAGUACCCCUGUAUAUUAUUGGACUCCCUCCCUCUAAGCAUACUUACAAGUCAGCUUCUUAAAUCUCUGUCCAACCACAUGUUUGAACAUUUUGUUUAGAAAGAUAGUAACGGAAUCAUACAAGCCAAUGUAACCAGUCAGCUUCUUAAAUCUCUGUCCAACCACAUGUUUGAACAUUUUGUUUAGAAAGAUAGUAACGGAAUUAUACAAGUACAAGCCAAUGUAACCAGUCAGCUUCUUAAACUUAAAUCUCUGUCCAACCACAUGUUUGAACAUUUUGUUUAGAAAGAUAGUAACGGAAUUAUACAAGCCAAUGUAACCAGUCAGCUUCUUAAAUCUCUGUCCAACCACAUGUUUGAACAUUUUGUUUAGAAAGAUAGUAACGGAAUUAUACAAGCCAAUGUAACCAGUCAGCUUCUUAAAUCUCUGUCCAACCACAUGUUUGAACAUUUUGUUUAGAAAGAUAGUAACGGAAUUAUACAAGCCAAUGUAACCAGUCAGCUUCUUAAAUCUCUGUCCAACCACAUGUUUGAACAUUUUGUUUAGAAAGAUAGUAACGGAAUUAUACAAGCCAAUGUAACCAGUCAGCUUCUUAAAUCUCUGUCCAACCACAUGUUUGAACAUUUUGUUUAGAAAGAUAGUAACGGAAUUAUACAAGCCAAAGUAACCAGUCAGCUUCUUAAAUCUCUGUCCAACCACAUGUUUGAACAUUUUGUUUAGAAAGAUAGUAACGGAAUUAUACAAGCCAAUGUAACCAGUCAGCUUCUUAAAUCUCUGUCCAACCACAUGUUUGAACAUUUUGUUUAGAAAGAUAGUAACGGAAUUAUACAAGCCAAUGUAACCAGUCAGCUUCUUAAAUCUCUGUCCAACCACAUGUUUGAACAUUUUGUUUAGAAAGAUAGUAACGGAAUUAUACAAGCCAAUGUAACCAGUCAGCUUCUUAAAUCUCUGUCCAACCACAUGUUUGAACAUUUUGUUUAGAAAGAUAGUAACGGAAUCAUACAAGCCAAAUGUAACCACCCCAGUAAUAAAAUAAGUUGUUUAUUUUUUUUAUUUUUUAUUUAAUAAAAAAAUAAGAUAUUUUAUCUGUAUCAACGUUAAGAUGCUAAAAAAACGCAAUUUAUGGACAGCAUUUCAAGAUCAUUUUGCAGAAUUAUGGCAUAAAUGUAUGUUCACAUUCUGCCAAACCUCCUGCGUCCACACAAAAUCUCCUUAAUCAACUAUCCUCCCCCUACCCCUUUGAGCAUAGCUAACAUAAGGAUGGCCUACUGGCAUUACAAUUUAAUAUCUUUUUUAGGGCUGCAGCAAGAAGCAACAAAGGCAUCAUGGUGCAGUAUGUUAUUUCCUUCGAAGAUUAUUUACUCAUUUGUGUCAAAGUCUGCAGAGGUCAUGCAGCUGCUGACACUUCUUUGACAGAGCUGGCAAAAUUACAACACUGUCGAUUGUGUGAGCAAAGGAAUUUUAUUCCUCAACAAUUAGCUCUUUUGGGUAUGUAACGUUUGUACCUUGUGUACUUUUGUUGAUGCUAUUAGUAAUUAGUGCAGCUUAAGUUUAACACUUAUUCAAAUUUAUUUAUUAAUAUUACAAAAAUUCUGUUGUUUUGUUCGCUGACGAAGGCUUUCUGCCGACACGUUCGCUGUUUUGUUGCGUUACUUUUUCAGGUUUAACCCUACUUUGUUUUACUCAUUUUAUUUUGUACUAACCUGAUUGCAGUCUCUCCCCUUAUUACCCCUAAUAACCGUAAAAAUAUUUGUUAAGAGCCUUAAGUCGUUUAUAAUUUACAGAACAAAUCUUUAAAUCAGUCAGGAAGCUAUGUUUUUAGUUCUUAAAGUUAAAGGAGGUAAUUCAUAAACCAUUGCUUGGUUCUGUGUAACUUGUAAUAAUUUUUCAAUCUUUCAUACAGAGGAUCCCUACAGUUUGUUAGCCUGCAAAUGUAAGGAGAAAAAUCCAGGAAAAACUGCAGUUAGCCUUGGACCAAUGUGGUAUGGAUUAAUUAGCAUUAUUUUUAUUCUCUUAUUAAAUUGUAACUUGCAUGUCAUAUACAUUUUUAAAAAUAAUUUUUAGAAUAGAAAGACCAUGUGCUUAGAAACUUUGGUUGUAUUCAAUGAUUGAGGUCAAUGGCUGGAAAAGUUGAUCAUGAGAAAUCUUUUGAACUGUUUUUUUUUUUUUUGCAGGGCAAAGUUUAUAUUUAUUUUCUUAUUGAUUUCUUUUAAAUAUGAACACGACAAAAAAGUACUAGAAAUAGGCACCUCUUUAAAAUUGAUAACUUAUUAUUUUAUUAGGAAAGGUCCAAUAUAUGAUUGGGAUUUUUUGAACUUACUGCACAAACAUGGGAAACAAAUCAGUCUGAGCUCCAAGUUUUUUGAAGUGAUUCAUCUUCUCUUGGGAGAAUGCAUGUGUGCCCAGAUUGAUCAACCCACUGGUGCUGCUCCAGAAGACAAAAAUGCCAAAGAAACUGGUGAAAAAUUAAGAAAUGGCACUGAACUGCCAGCAACGACUCAAGCACUGAAUGAGCCAGCUCUUCAGGGAGGUGACUCUCCCAGUGCAGACCAAAGGCAAUCAAAUGAUCAAAGUUUAAACUCUGAGCCAAGCCUGGAGAAAGCUACACAACCGGCAAUACCGCAAUCUGAGAAACCAAUGGAUAUUACAGAGACUGAAGCCAGUGGAAACCCCUCCGAGGAAUGCUCCGAGUCUGCACUGAACACGCUGAAAAGAAAAUUAGAGCAUUUGGAGUCAGAGAAGCCAAAUGAGGCUAAAAGACAUCACAAGGCUCUCACUGACAACCAACGUGAACCAAAGUCAGCCAAUGUUCCAUUUUAUUACAAUGUCAGUAAAUUUAAAAGAACUAACAUUCCCAAGUAAGUUCACUUACAUUCCCCUGUAAAAUUAAAGCACACAUUUAGUAGAGUGUUAUUUAAUUUUUCAAGCUGAUAAAGAGCUCAUUUAAAUGAUUCAAAUCAAUUUAUCAGCUAACAAUGCCAAGAUGAAAAAUACACUGAUGACCCUUCAUUUUUUUUCAAUGGCAAACAUCUGGAGGGAGUUUUAGUUGGAACCUGGCAUUUGUUUUUUCCUUAAAUUUAAUCUCUCACCCUGAAGAUUAAAUUGGCAAAUAUUUCUAGCAUAAUGAAUAAUUUAUAUAGGAAUUAUUCUGCGUAGAGUCCAAGACAUUUAACUUUUUCUUGUUAAAAAUAUCUUUUUUAUUUGAAUAAUUUAAGAUGUUUUUUUUUUAAAGUCUUGAAAAUGUAUACUUUCAGACUGGAUAAGUUGGUCACCAUUCUUCGAUGCGCUGGUUAUAAAGCAAGCAGAACACACUUUGACCACAGCGCCAUAAGAACAACUGCCAGUGUUGAUGAAUUUCUGACAAUUUUGGGUUGAAUAAGCUAAACUUUUUUUUCCAGGACUGCAUUAAAUUUCAGUUUGUUGCAGAUUUUAAAAAUUCAAUAAAAAUUAAUUGAAAACUAAAUGGCUUCUGUCAGAGUUUUGUCAAUGUAGCAUUUGCAAAAUUGUUCCCUAAAGUGAAUAAGUUUUAUGGCCAAAUGUAGUAAUUCAAAAAUAUUAAAAG